AAAAGUUUCAUUUCCAGAGGAAAAUUGGGAAAACACCCAUGGAAUUCUCCCCACCCAUGGAAUUCUCCCCACCCAUGGAAUUCUCCCUUCUUUCUGCAGAGCCUGGGAUUGAGCAGUGGAAUCCCUGGAGCACCAAACCCCUGGAAUGAGUGGGAAGAAGCUGCUGGGGUGAAGAAUCCCUUUUCCUGGUGAUUGGAAGACGUUUCCAGUCCGAUCCCUGAAGCAAAGAGGUCGAGCCUGGAUUUGCUGUGGAGUUUUGAGGCUGAAUUUGGGAGUUUGGGCCUUCAGCUCCGAGGAGGAGCCAUGGAGGACAAAAGGAACAUUCCCAUCAUUGAAUGGGAACACCUGGACAAAAGGAAAUUCUACCUUUUAGGGAUUUGCAUGACCAUGAUGAUCCGGGUCAGCGUUUACCCCUUCACCCUCAUCCGGACCAGGCUGCAAGUCCAGAAGGGCAAAAGUUUGUACAAUGGGACUUUUGAUGCUUUUGUCAAAAUCCUGAGGACAGAAGGGGCCUCGGGGCUCUACAGGGGAUUUUUGGUCAACACUUUCACCCUGAUUUCUGGCCAGUGCUACGUCACCACCUACGAGCUGACCCGAAAAUACGUGGCCAGAUACAACAACAACAAUGCUGUCAAGUCCCUGGUGGCUGGUGGCUCUGCCUCCCUGGUGGCCCAGAGCAUCACUGUCCCCAUCGAUGUCAUCUCCCAGCACCUCAUGAUGCAGAGGAAAGGGGAAAGCAUGGGGAGGUUCAAGGUCCAGAACCCCAGUGGCAAAAGGUUCCUGGUUUUUGGCCAAACCAAGGACAUCAUCGUCCAGAUUUUCCAGGCUGAUGGCUUCAGGGGCUUCUACAGGGGCUACGUGGCCUCCCUGCUCACCUACAUCCCCAACAGUGCUGUCUGGUGGCCCUUUUACCACUUUUAUGCUGCUUUCCAGCCUGACUCCCAAGGAUUGUCCCCACCUCCUGCUCCAAGCAAUUUCAGGCCCUUUGGCAGCAGCCACAGCUUCCACCCUCACCAAUCCCAUGGAUGUCAUCAGAGCUCGGGUCCAGGUGGAAGGCCGCAGCUCCAUCGUGCAGACGCUGAGGCAGCUGCUGGCCGAGGAGGGGCCCUGGGGCCUGACCAAGGGGCUCUCUGCCCGGAUCAUCUCCUCCACCCCUUCCACCAUCGUCAUCGUCGUGGGUUAUGAGACCCUCAAAAAACUCAGCCUCAGGCCAGAGCUGGUGGACUCCAGGCACUGGUAAAAUGGGAGAAAAAAGCACAAAAAGAAGAAAAAAAAAAUAACAAAAGAACCCAACUCCCAGUUGUUCCCCCAACCCAGCACCCCGCUUGUUCUGCUGCUUUAUUUUUAUUUUUUUUUUCCUCCAAAAGCAGCAAAAUGAGACCUUGGGCCAAGGUGGGAGCUGUGGGAAUUCACCCUGCUGAUUUCCUGAUUUUUUUUUGUUUAAUUAAACCUCUCCCUGUUUUUUUUUUUUUUUUUUUAAAAAAAGCCACUUUAUUCCUUAAAUUAUUUUCAUUUUUGCCAAACUUCCCAAGAGGGGAAUCUUGCAAUCCUUUGGUGAGGAGCUGGAAGAAAAAACCAAGGAUAUUUCUCCACAAUUCCCUGGAUUUUUUUUUUGUUUUUUGGAAGAGCUGAUUUUAGGUGCACAUCCCAGUUUUUUUAUUUUAUCCUUGGAAAAAAAUUUCCUCUUUCUUUCCUCCUCCCACCAGUGAGGUUAUGAGUGGAGUUGUUUGGAAAAUUAGGAAUUUUCUCACCUAAUUCCUGGUUUUAAUCUGUUGUUUAAUUCUUUUGUCAACGUUUUAGGGUUUUUUUUUGGGAUUUGGGGGGGUUUGAGUGGUUGUUUUGUGGCCUUGUUCAGUGUCUGUGUCAAUCCUGCUGCUGCCAGUUCCCAGGUUUUUUCUGGAAGCAAAGCCAGAGGCUGGAAGUGGGGGAAUUUGUACUGGGAGGACUGGGAAGCAACUGAAGGUGAGGUGGGAAAAAAAAAAAGGG